GUCGGGUUCAGAGCAUGUCUGAACACAGCGCCUACUGGGAGCAGCCCUUCUCGCAGCCCUACUUCGACAACUCUACAAGGAGGGAAGUCACGACCACCGUGGGCCAAACGGCUCAUCUGCACUGUCGCGUGCGCAACCUCGGCGAUCGUGCUGUCUCCUGGAUCCGUAAGCGCGAUCUGCAUAUCCUGACUGUUGGCAUACUGACGUACACCAACGAUCAGCGUUUCCAAUCCUUGCAUACCGACGGUUCUGACGAGUGGACUCUCAAGGUCACCUCUCCGCAGACCAGAGAUUCCGGCGUCUACGAGUGCCAGGUCAGCACCGAACCGAAGAUCAGCCAGGCGUUCAAGCUGAACGUCGUAG